CUGAACUGACAGUGGUCAAGUACUACUGUACAGUAUUCCUGGACUGGUCCAGGCAGGAGCACAUUCCCUUCACAUGAGCAGCACUGUGAUCCUGCAUCUUCUUGCCUUCCCGCUUGUGGAACUUCAAAUACACAGCAACCUCACAGCAUUGUGUUCUCCUUUCAUGUCUACAGAUAUAGAGGCAAGAUACUAAUUCAAGCAUUGGACCGCGCACCAAGCCCAGCCAUGUCAAUCUGCAGCAGGAAUCCGCCUGUUCCGACCAGCCUCGCUUAGCCGAGCCACCGGCACGAGCCUCUUCUCUUGACCUCCUCUGUGGUUGACCCCUGAAUUGAGUUGCUGUCAAGACUCUCGCUGGAGCCUUUUCGCCUAGGCAGCACAAAGCUACCUUGUGUCGGCGUACCGUUAUCCAUGACCAAGCGCGAUGAUCUUUUCGGAGUUCGUCAAGCUAGACGGGGCCAGAGUGACAGAGAAGGUCAUUGGAGUAGGUGGAACUGGCCUGGUGAUUCAGCGAGGGCAAUAUGCCGUGAAGAUACCUCGACUGUCCAGGGACUUCGACGUCAACGGAGUGGUCUUGCUUGACGAAAGUCUGCCGCCCAGCGAAGGCGAUUACGACAUAGGGGCUAUGCUUGUUAGCUCGUUGGAACGUGAAAAGAAUAUUUACAGAAGGCUAGGCUCUCACUCAGGGAUUGUCCGCUGUUCCAACUUGUCGUCUUCGACCGACAGUUCAAUCCAGUUGGAUUUCAUGAAAAAUGGUGACCUCAAAAAUUACUUAUUGCAUCUCGAGGCAAGACCUGCACGGGAAGUGCAACUGUUUUGGUUUACACAAAUGGCACGAACUCUUGCACAUAUUCAUCAUCGACGCGUUAUUGUCGCCGAUAUUAGGUUGCAAAAUUUCCUACUCGACGACCAGUUAGCCAUAAAGUUCGUGGACUUUGGAGAAUCGACGUUGAUGCCUCUGGACUGGGACCUGAACGGCCCCGAUGAGGAUGGUUACUCAAUUCAGACAGACCUUGAACAACUUGGGUCUGUUAUGUAUGAGGUUGUGACGGGGCAAAGUGGUAAGCUCGAUGUUAUGCUAGGGACAGCAGGUGCCGGUCAAUCAGCGUCUGAGCCUCGACAAGGCAGUCGUCCUUCAACAGGCAAUAUAUGGCUGGGUUGUAUCAUCGAUAAGUGCUGGAGUCAUGGGUUUAGCUUGGCAGAUGAUCUUGCGGCAGGACUAGAGAGACAGCUCAUUUGCAAAACCUGAGUGCACAGUGGUUGCAGUUGAGGAUGGGACGCAACUUCGAAGUUGAGGGCCCCUGAUGACGCACAAGAUGUUAUCACAAGCUAUCUCGGUGACUUUGCGGGUCGCAGCCGGUUCGGUGAGUUGAAAACUGCAUGGAAGUUGCCCCCUCCGCACUAUGUCGCUGUUACUGGGAGCAUUGAGUGAUUGCUGAACUUCAGAACUUGGGUGGUUACAUUACAAGGCACACCCCUUAACAAGGCAUGUCCCUUGUUCUCCACCAGAUCACCAUGUUGGCUACGUGGCGCCCCAAAUGGAUGUCCAUGUUGGAAUCAUGCAGUGAAAUGGCAAAACCAGAGACUUACAGUUGCAAGUCCUUCCAUGCGUCUUCCCUACGCUGGUUAGAGCACAAAGGUCUCUCAUGCCACGAAGAAGUAGUGCCAACCGCGGCAUGGACCGGGGUGGGGGAUAACAAGAGGACAAUGUUGAGCUUUUCAGCAGUAGCACAGACCGGAAUAGGACUACUUCGUUCUUAGGAUAGCAAGGAGAGGUGCUUCACAAGAAGACUUUUGAAGCUGCAUUGAGACAGCAGUAUUUGAGGUCGAGCAGCUUGUUAUCCAGCACUGGCUGCCGUUAAAGUGGCAGUGUCUAUUGAUCCCUUUAUAGUACUAAGUAC